CGUGGUUUUAGUGUCUCUCUUAAACCCCUGCAAGCUUCUUUGGUUUCCAACGGUGGUGAGAUUUAUUCCUUUCUCGACGAAUUAGAAGCCAGCUAUGAACUUGUUACCUGGAUUUGAUCGCGUUGACGUACACGUGUCACAGUCUCUAUCUUCGUAAAACGACCGAGAGUGUGCAGUGAUGAUUCUGAAGCAGCUGAAACAACUCACCUUGUCUGCUACGCGCAGAAAUGCUCAUCUUUUGAGGAUUCCAAGGCUCUACAGCUCUCCUGCUGUUUCUCAAUCUUUAACAACCUCCAAGCCUUCUAAAAGACUAUCAAAAGAUGAUCGACGAGUUGUGGUUGAGUCUUUUGUCACCAAAUACAGAGCAGCUAAUGCUGGGAAGUUCCCUACAUUGAAAGCUACUGUCAAGGAAGUGGGAGGUGGUUAUUACGUUGUCAGAGAUAUUUAUCAAGAGCUUAAACUCAGACCAAAUGCACCAGUCUCACGAGUUCCUGCUUCUGCUGCAAAUGAUGAUGCUUCCUCACUGAAGCAGGAUCAUACCAUAGAGUCUUCUCAUCCUAGUUCUGAUGAAGUUAGUAUCCAGGGAGACAACAAUCUUGUCAUUACUGCGACACAUGAUAGAAGUGAGACCGAGGCAGCUUCUCUGGACAAAGAUGUUGAUAGUAAAUGUGAUAGCGAUACUCAACUUCCCGAAAGUCAACCGUUGAUGGUAUCAGAGGAAUUUUUAAAGAACUCAGAGACUGAGGAAGAUGGAACAUUGGAUCACUUAGAGGCAAAAUCAGACAAUCCUGAAGGAGUCACUGUUUUGCCUACUGAGACCACGUAUCAAUAUAAUGUCACCACUGCAACACAUGACAAAAGAGAAACCGAGACAGAUAGCAAAGACGUUGUCAGUAAAUGUGAUAGCGAUGCCCAACUUCCAGAAAAUCAAACGUUGAAGGUAGCAGAGGAGUGUCUAAAGAACUCUGAGCCUAAGGAUGAGGGAACAUUGACGCAGUUAGUUAGUCCAGAGACAAAAGCAGGCCAUCUUGAAGGUGCCAGUGUUUUGCCUGCAACACAUGAAAACAUAGAAACGGAGACAGCUGCUCCUAACGAUGAUACUGACAGUAAAUGUGAUGCCACUACUCAUCUUCCCGGCAGUCAACCCUUGAUGCUUUCAGAGGAGGAAUGUCUAAAGAAUUCAGAGAGUAAGGAAGAAGGAAAACUGGCGCACUUAGGUAGCCAAGAGCCAAAAGCAGACCAAAUUGAAGGAGCUGUAGAUUCAGCCAAUGUUUUGCCUAGUGAGACCAGACAAGUUGCAGAGAAAGGGGAUGGUGAGGUCAAACCAGAAGAAAAUUCAAGUGCUUGGAGCAAUAUAAUUUCAUUUGCGAAAGGAUUUGCUAACUUUUGGAGGAAAGGGUAGAUAUCAUCAAGGAGGUGCAGUAGCUACUUUAGUGCAGAACAACUUAAGAAACCGCUUGUUACUUUUGACCAUUUUGUAGAGGCUAUAUGUUUUGUGGUAGACCGUUUUGUUAGAAAGUCGGUUCAGCAAGGUCAGAAUACCAAAAGAAAUAUACAAAGAUUUUAUCAGAA